GUCUUUUCUGCUUGCUCUUCCUUUUUUGCUGUAUUUUCUUGUUUGAGGCUGUACAUGAAGACUUAAACUUACAAACAUUUUUUUUUCUCUUUUGUGUGUUUGGUUGCAUCGGUUUAGUAUUCUUUUUUUCAAAAGUUUCUUUUUUUGCCAAUGCUUGUCCCUAACAAACAGCUGAAUCUUGGACGAUCCCACAGUUGGGACACAUUAGGGGGGAAUGACGGUCAGUGGGAGAGGCAGGGUGACAGCGCAUACGAGCAGCAAUCAAGAGUAGCAGGCCGUCGGAACUCCCUGUCAUACGGAGAGGGAGGAGGGUGGUACGAAGCUCCACCAGGGGUACGUCCCCCUGACCUGGAUUUGAAACGUGCUCCAUAUUCCUACCAAGAAGCUCCCUACGGACCAGUAUAUGCAGAACGACACGACCCGAGGGGACUGAGAAAAGGAUCCGUGCCAGAUCUUAACCAUUACGAACGGGGCCCCAUGGCUCACCGAGGAUCCAUUCCACAUCAGGAUUACUAUUCUCACGACCCAGCCAUGACUCCUCGGCCGCCCGAGGGGCUUUACCGGCCAGAACAGCAGCCUCCGCCACCUCAUCCCCUCAGCAGGUCAGCUUCACAUUUUGGAAUGACACCUGGGGCUCGUGCAUCGUGGGAUCAAGGUCAGCCAGCGAGGACAGCACCUCAAGCCCCUUCAUCGCCUCUCCCUCCUCCUCCCCCUUCUCCAAGCAUUCAUGAGUUGAAUCGAGCUUACAGAGAACCUGGUGCUAUAACUGUUGCCAAGAUGAUGCCAGAUGGCCAACAGCGCUUGCCUUCCCGGGAUCCAUCUCCCGCUCACUAUGGUAUGGAGCAUACAUCUCCUCGGUAUGCUAGUGAACCUCCGCCUCUGCCUGGCCAACCGAUCUAUACGGAUGUUGAUGGUUGCCCACUGGAUCCGCAGCAGCAGGCUGCUACAUGUCUUGUAGUAGAUGCUGCCAAUCAAGGUAUAAUUAUGAGGCAAGAGACAGCCCCGCCUUAUACCAUACAACAACACCAGCAAUUACAGCAGCAGCAGCAACUGCAACUUCAACAGCAGCAGCAGCAACAACUGCAACUUCAACAGCAGCAGCAGCUUCAACAGCAGCAACUUCAACAACAGCAACUCCAUCAACAACAGUUGCAACAUCAGCAAAUGCAACAGCAUCAGUUACAGCAGCAACAACUUCAGCAGCAGCAAUUGCAGCCACAGCAGAUUCAGCAAGAACAGUUGCAGCAGCAUCUUCAACAACAUUCACCUCUUCCACCUCCACCUGCCAUGCCAAUGUCUGAUCCUAAUCUUCCUGUGGCAGCUCCACUUCCUCCUCCAGCUGUUCUACCUGCUCCUCCUGCUCCAAUUCUCACUGCAGCAGUUGUUACUGCUAUGCCUAUCCCUGUGCAGGCUGCCUCAACUCCAGCCCCUGCCGCCGCAGCCACUCCUAUUGUUGCUCCUCCUCCAGCUGCUCCACAGACACCUUUACCAGUGGAGCCCAAGAAGACAAUUGAUCCAGAAUUCCUUUCUUUGCUACGAAAUGAAGGUCUUUCAGAGAGCACCAUCUCCUCACUCAUCCAUCAAGGAUUUGACUCUGCUAGCAUGCUUACUGUCAUGGAGGAAAACGAUGUCCGUACUGUGGCACCCAACCUUGGCCAGGCUCGUGUACUGUCUCGGUUUGUCCACAACUACAAGAGGCCUCUUGAGACUACGCCAGCCCCAUCCCGGCCUCAGACACCUAUGCGAGGCCGCUCUAAUAGCUUUAGCCAUCGCUCCGACAUCUAUCAUCAGCAGCAGCACCACCAUUCACCAAACGUUUCGCAGGCUUUAGCUAUUGAACCACAUCUAAUGGGCCCGCAGACCCCAGGGGCCAUGCAGACUAUUGCCCCAAGGAUGGGAGAAGUGAUCGGUAGGAGGCCCAGCAGUGCCCCCUCUCAACACUUCCUGGAAGCCUCCGGGGGCUACCCAAGCCAGCCACCUCGUUCCCCAGGGCCAUAUGCUGGAGCCCUUAUGCCUGUUCAGUCAAGACCUAUGUCAGCCUACUCCUCUGGGGUGACAAUGUCUGGGGUGCCUGUGCAGGGUAUGCAGAUAAUGCCACAGCAGAUGACUGGGUCAAUGCCUGCAAUAUCAGGAUCUAUUCAUACCAUGCCAAGUAUGCCGCAGCAAAUGCCCAUAUCCAUGCCAGCUUUACAGCAGCCACCACAACAGGUACCGAAAGCAUACUCUACCAAUUACACAGUCCCCAUGGAGCUCAUGAAGAGGGACAGGAAUAUUCUCCCAUUGUCACCCAUGCAUAGCCCCCACCCUAGUCCCCAGCUGAUACGGAAAGGUCUUGGACCUGCAUUAGACAAUGCCAUCAUCCCUGUUGGAGCAACUAUUCAAGACCAAGGUGCCUUGGUUGCUAACCAGAAGCUUAGUCGGCGCACUGGUCCGCCAGUCAUCGUGUCCACUAUGGCAUCUCCAGACACAAGUAUUCGGCCCCAGAUUAUGAACGGGCCUAUGCACCCGCGCCCCCUGGUGGCGCUGCUGGAUGGGCGAGACUGCACCGUGGAGAUGCCCAUCCUCAAGGAUCUCGCCACCGUGGCUUUCUGUGACGCCCAGUCCACACAGGAGAUACAUGAAAAGGUGCUGAACGAGGCCGUGGGGGCCAUGAUGUACCACACCAUCACCCUGACCAGAGAGGACUUGGAGAAGUUCAAGGCGCUGCGCAUCAUCAUCCGCAUCGGCAGCGGCUACGACAACAUUGACAUCAAGGCUGCCGGGGAGCUGGGCAUUGCGGUGUGUAACAUUCCCUCAGCAGCAGUGGAGGAAACGGCAGACUCAACGCUUUGUCACAUCCUCAACUUGUACCGGCGAAAUACCUGGCUGUACCAGGCUCUCCGGGAGGGCACGCGGGUCCAGAGCGUGGAGCAGAUCCGGGAAGUCGCGUCCGGGGCGGCGAGGAUCCGAGGAGAGACACUCGGCCUCAUUGGAUUUGGCCGCGCGGGUCAGGCGGUGGCCAUGCGGGCCAAGGCGUUCGGCUUCAACGUGAUCUUCUACGACCCGUACCUGCAGGACGGCUUGGAGCGCUCGCUGGGAGUCCAGCGGGUGUACACGCUGCAGGACCUGCUCUACCAAAGCGACUGCGUCUCCCUACAUUGCAACCUGAACGAACACAACCACCACCUCAUCAACGACUUCACCAUCAAACAGAUGCGUCAAGGGGCUUUCCUGGUCAACUCUGCACGGGGAGGUCUGGUGGAUGAGAAAGCGUUGGCUCAGGCGCUUAAAGAAGGCAGAAUACGUGGCGCUGCCUUAGACGUCCACGAGUCAGAGCCUUUCAGUUUCUCCCAAGGUCCCCUCAAAGAUGCCCCCAACUUGAUCUGCACCCCCCACACAGCCUGGUACAGUGAGCAGGCGUCGCUGGAGAUGAGAGAAGCCGCCGCCACAGAAAUUCGCAGAGCCAUUACUGGCCGUAUACCAGACAGUCUGCGAAACUGUGUCAACAAAGAGUUUUUUGUUACCUCGACACCCUGGGGGAUGAUGGAGCAGCAGCAGCCUCAAGUUCACCCUGAAAUCAACGGUGCCGCCUACAGAUUCCCCCCUGGCGUGAUGGGCGUCGCCCCUGGUGGGAUCCCCGGACCGAUGGAGGGGUUGGUGCCCGGGGGGGUGCCCAUCACCCACACCCUGCCCCCGGGCACCCACCCGUCACAGGCCACCUCCCCGAACCAGCCCUCCAAACACGGCGACCCCAUGAGAGAGCACAUGACUGAGCCGUAGUAGAACUGCCGCUGUAGCCGAGCAGGAGCAGAAACGAGUGUCAACGAAGGAACCCAUCCAACAGUACACUUGACUUCAGCCAUCCGGACCUACCAGCAGACUGCCUGCAGGGCAGCGUUUCACUCUGGUUUUUUUUUUUUGUGUGUUUUUUUUUGUAUGAAACCACUAAGCCCAAGUGAGGACAGUGGACGUUACCACACACCGGCACUGCCACACUGAGAUGGGACUGACCGUCAAUCUCAUGCACAGAACAUCUGAAACAUCUCCCUCCAUAUUCGUUUUUGUUUGUCCGAAAGCUAAGUGACGCUUUCGUUUAUAUCUUCAUUAUUGCAUAUAUUUUAGGAAACCUCCUCCUGACUUCUGGGACACGUUGCCAGGAUGUGCAGGAUGGAAACUUGACCCGUCUUGCCUAGUUUAAAGGACGACCCUCGAAGCCUCCUUUUUCCCUUAAACUUCACCCUUUUUCUGCACAAACGUGUCUUGUGUUACUUAGUUGUUUUUUUUGUUUUUUUUUACUCUCUUCUGUUUUUCCUAUUUUCUGUGUUUCUGUUGCAAGUGAACCUCUGUUUUUAUGUUCUACAGUGUGUGAAAAUGUUUGGACUUGAGAGUUACGUUAAGCAGACGAGAACAGUCAGCUGCGGACGGCACCUUCACAAAUCUGGACUCCCAUCUUUUGCCCUUUUUUGUUCAUGAAGACCAGUGGCCCCAGAAUGUAAAAGACAAGGUUAUUGGAGGGGAGGGGGGGGCAGUAGAUGUGGAAGAAUAUUUCGGCUUAAAGGUAGAAAUUGCCCUUUUUAAACCAAAAAAAAACAAAAAAGAAUAAUAAAAAUUGCUGUUGUUGGUUCUUCUUGUUGCAACCAUCCGAGCUCUGCUUAACCGAGGUGCGAUAGUUGGUUGUUUUCAUGAAUGGAUAUUAACUGCUGGCAUCCAAAGGACCUAGAUUACAACGGCAGCAAAAACCUUGUGAAAUCUCUUACUGACUCAGGAAAAAAAAAAAUCAGCAUCAGUAUGAACAAAAAAAAGAGAGAGAGAGAGAAAUCAACAAUCCUGGAUACCUGCUUUUCACCUCUUUCUCCGUUGUGCUUUUUUAAAAAUAUAUCAAAUGUACAUUUUUUGAUGUUGAAGGUUUUCACUCCUGUUAGAUUUGUAUUGCCUUGUUAAAUGUUCAUAUAACCGUAGUCUUAUGUGACGAGCCCCCCCUCUCCCCCUCAUAGUUUCUCCUUUGUUUCUCUGCUCUAAUGGAAGCCAGCUGUGGCUCUCGGAGGCUCCGUGAACAAACAGCGGCCGCGUCCAUCCCCCCUCGGCGCCGCGGCGUCAGCCGCUGGCAGAAUGUUUGGUUUUUAGUGUGAGUAUUUGUAUUUGUUUCUUGUACAAGGUGAACAUAUAGCAUACAGUGCAGCUGGAACCAAUAAAUAAAAGUUACUGUUCUGUUUGAUGAUCGGUAGAACGCUGUAUUCUUUUCCAGGGAAUUGUCUUCUGAAAGAUAUUUAAAUUCCUCAAAUUUGACAUCUGAGUCCGCAUCACGUCAUGUUUAGAUUCCUGUUGUACCUUUCCUACCUAAUUUGUUCAAUAUUCAAGCUUUUCUUUUGUUUUUUUUUCAAAGAAAUACAUUUCCCAUGAUGCAAAUGAGACUAGCAAGUGUUUUUAUGGCUUCUGUUAAUUACACUGUAAGCAUCAUAAGCCUUUAUUUGACCCUUUUAUAUAUUUUAACCACAAUACCAUAUUUAGCGUUUCCUGUUUUUUCAUCUACAACCAUUGUCAGUAAAUGGCUUUAACACUAAAGAAAACUGAAAAAUGUGAUGUUUUUCAGGUAGAUUCAGAGGUUUUAAGUAUAUAUUUAUUAUUGCUUUGCUUCUCUGUGAUUUCAAAGUAAAUAUAUGGAGAUUUA